AUGCUCGUGCGGGUGCAAAAAUGGAGCGAUGCGGACGUCUUGGCAUUGCUCUCACUUCUUCGUAAACAUCUGUUGUAUUAUGUAUACACUUGUGAUAAUACGUUUGUAACUGAAAUGCAUGCAGAAUUACGAGAUAAACCGGUAUCCGAAAUUCAAGAAAUGGUCCGGUCGCUAAUGUUACAAUUUGCACUUGGACUCAGUACUAAAAACUUUCGUACAGACGUUAUCAUGGCAAAUGGACAAAACGUGUAUGUUUACGAACAUCUUUACGAAUCAAUCAGUCAACUGGCAGAAAAUAAAACUGGUGGCAUCUGGUUACCAAAUGAACUCAAUCGGUUCCUUCAAAAAGCACGACAAUAUCGUGGUUUAUUUGUAGAAAAUCAAGAAAUGUACUUUAAACGGAUUCAAGUGUGGAGUAAAUCAGUUGCAGAAACAAAGAGCAAAUUUUACGCGUUGCGUGAUAUCUACGUAAGAGAAUCGAAGCGUCGCUUAUGUCAGCGACAGGGAGUAGAACUUGCGCGUCUAGAGCUGUUGAAGAAGAUUUUUAGCAAUGUACCUCCUGCGCAUCGAACGAACAAAACAGCAGUGUCGACCAAGACUCUCAAGCUCUGGUCAUCCGAAGAAAUGGAAAAGCUCGUUGACUUUGUCGUACAAAUUACUGCUCAGAUUCAGAGGACUGGAAGCUCAGACCUUGUCAAUCAUGUCGCCGAAGCGCUCCACAGAACAGAUGGAUCAUGUGUGACUAAGCUGAUCGACAUGCGAGAAAAGUUUUUGAAAAAGAUGCCGACGGUUCGGGCAGCGAAUUUGCCGGACAUCAUUUUUGAUCCAACCUCAGAUGCGAACAAGAUCUUCAGUGCAGACUGGAGCAACAGCAACGAUCCGUAUGCUCUUGGCUAUUUAGCGAUGAAGUCACGGAGCCUUAGCAUGACGGCUGCGCGCAAUAAAUAUAAAAAACGACGGGUCAUCGAUGUUUGGUCGCCACGACCUAAGCUUCGAUCAUCAACGCUGGCAGCUCGUGGCAAGUCGAGCUCGAAAGCAAAUCCAAUGAGUCCUUUAGCGCUAGAUGUUGCCCCUUUGAAAAAAGGCAGGCCUGUCGGAAAGGUCCAGCGUACAGCAAGCACUCCUCGUGCAGGCGAGCCUCACACGAAGGAGAGAGCUGCCGUGAUGGGAUCACUACCUGUUGAAAUAACACCAGUAAACGCUUUACCUGUGAACGACUAUGCGGCAUUUGUCCAGGAUAUUGCUGAGCAGUGCCAAUGGACAGAGAAGGCGGUGCACAAUGUGCUUCGGUGCAUGCAGCAGUCUAUUGACUUGUAUAGGUCCAACAGAUUGGUUACAUUUUUCUACAGGGUUGCAAGCUUGACAUCAGGCGUCACGUUUCAAGAUCUUUUUCCAGAUGUUCAGUUGAUUCUAACACAGUUUGAGCGGCGUUUCGGCUCAUUAGAUAACUUUGAGAAUUUCGUUCAAAGGUUACUGGACAUAAACUUUUCCAGGACAACCGAACAAGAAGCGAACGGUCGAGAGGACAAGCUUGACUGUGAUAGAUCGACCACAGUAUGUACGCAAAGCAAUGUGGCUAAAGAAAAAGCAAUCGAAUUGCGUCGCUUGGUCGAUGACGGAGCUGAACGUGACCAUGAUCGCUUUCCACGUCCAUAUCAUGUUCAGCAGACUGCCCAGAUCGAAAACAAGGAUACAGUUGUCAAAGAAGACGAGCAUGAACGUGGGAAAGAGGGACUGAGUCUUCUCGCGUCCCUCAGUCAGACAUCUCGAACAGGUGUUGAGGAUACCGCUGAGGAGCACACUUCGAGCACUGUAGGAAAGCAAUCUAGUCCAGAGGAUACUUGGGACGAAGGAGUCGAUGCUGAUGUUGAGUUGGAUAAUCAAUCGGUCAACUCGUCGGAAAAUGCAUGGUCCGGCUCAAGCAAUCUCUCUGAUCCAAAGGGUAGCAAUCACAAUGCAAAGGACAAUUUAUCUUUGGACAAUUUGUACUCGCCGUUGGGGCAGUAUGCACCUGAUGAUAGCUCAAAAAGACCGUCCAAACGAGGCAAAGACGAACAAUACGGAAAAAGUUUUGUCAAAAAGCGCCGACGGAAUGAAACAAACUCCGCGGCGAUCAAAGAUGAUGACGAAGAUGAUGAGGACGACAAAGAAAACGAAAGCUACGAUGAAGUCGAGUAUGAUGCUUACGAGGGUGAAGACGUCGAAGAUGAGCCAUUCGCCGAAGUUGACAGUCUUAGUUCGGAUGGCGAACAUGAGGAAACUUUUCACCCACUACAGAGUAUACUCAACAAUUUGGAGUCGCAAAGCACUGAACUCCAAGAAAAGCAGCGUGUGCUCGUUGAGCGAAAAGAAGAUCGUGAGUGGCGUCAACGGAACUACAUGUAUGUCGACCGUAGAUACGCCACCAUUACUUCUGACAGGUGGCAGCCGACAGCACGACAGUAA